CUAUUUUAUAAAUUACAUCAUGAUCUCUACCUGAGUAAUACACUAUAUCCCACACCGAGCUAACCGUAAUCUAUACGCCACCGGUGAAUCAGUACGCUCCGCCCAUAACUCACUUGAGCUGUCUAUAUCGAUCCUAUGCAAAACGCCAAAGUCAGAAAUCAGCGGAGUUGCAUCGCCUGCGCACAAAAGAAAGUCCGAUGUGAUAAACAAACCCCAUGCGAUAGAUGCCAACGCGCUGCUAUACAAUGUAUACCACCAGCGGUGAGCCGGCGACCACGAUGGGCUCCAGCAGCUCGAAGUCCGGCUCAUAACCCACCUCAAUCAUCAAGCAAUGUUGUUCAUCUCCCUACACAACGUAGGUCGACCGAAUCAGGCGUUAGCAAGAUUCUUAGCAGACUGGAUGCGAUGGAAGCUCUAGUACACACUUUGGAAGGCCAGCUGGUACACGCCAGAUCAGAUCCAUCAGUGGAAUCUCUACAUUUGAGAAAUUCCCCAACUCUUGCUGUGUUGCCUAGGCAGUCCAAUCAACAUAGUGCACAGUCGUCUGAUCUAGGUCAAAACCUGAGCAUUCGGUUCUGGUCUCACAUCGAUGACGAAUUGAAGAGCCUGAAGGAACUUGUGAUCGACUACACAAGUACGGAGCAUGAUCAUAACAUGACCGACGCGCAGACGUCAACUGCGUCGUCAUCUUCAAGCUCUGAGAUGAUAAAUCGCUCACAAACCGCGUGCUAUACGCCUGCAUUUUUGCUAAGGCACACGAAGAAUGACAAGGUUCAUGAUACGGCGAGUCUUCUACCUCUGCCAUCCCAGCUACCCUUUCUGCUGGAAAUCUAUGCGGAGAGGAUACAUUCAAUCGUGGGUAUCCCGCAUCUAACAUCAUUGAGAUCACUUCUUCAACAGCAUCGGACAGGGUUCACGCAAAGUACACCAUCUUCCAACCAUGCUUUGAUGUUUGCUGUCUUCUUCGCGGCUGUCUGUUCGAUGGACGAACAAGAAGUACAGACCAGUCUGGGUCUAUCCCAGAAUGAGCUUCUGACAAGAUAUCGUAUCGGGUUAGAAAGCUCUCUUGUACGAGCAGACUUCUUGAACAACCCAUCAUAUGACCUCGUUGAGGCUGUCACUAUAUUCAUGACCCUCGCCCGGCAAGACGACCCUCCAAGAUAUGUGUUUAUGAUGACAGGGAUCUUGAUCAGAAUGGCUCGUUUCCUUAGAUACCACGAAGAUGGCUCAUCUGGAAAAGAUCUGACACCAUUUCAAGCUGAGAUGCAACGUAGGCUGUGGUGGAACCUUUGCGCGCUCGAUCUCCGGGCGACUGAAGACCAAGGCACAGAGUUAGGUAUAUCAGAAGGCAGUCACAGUACGCAGUUGCCAGUCAACACCAACGAGACUGAUAUCUCGCCAUCUAUGAUUCAAACGCCACGACAGCUCGAGGGUGUGACUAGCAUCACCCUUCUGCGGCUUUGCUCGAAAAUCACGCGGACCGCUCAACAAAUGAUGUCAGCGAGUUCCACAGACACAAUUGAAGACCGUGUCAAACGACUCGACAACCUCUCCAAAGAACUCGAUCAAGAUUACUUUGCCGUGACGGACGCAUCGCAACACAGCAUUUAUAUUGCUGCUGCAGGUACCAUGCGCAUCUUUCUCGGACGGCUUACGUUAUUAGCAUUCUUUCCAUCGCUAUUUACCACUCCUGAUAAGAGCAUAUCGACCUCACUACGCAGCAAAUUAGUUAUUGCGGCCAUUGAAGUGAUUGAGCAUCAUCACGCCUUGUGCUCAGAUCCAAGCUGUCGACCAUGGAAGUGGGUGUAUCAUACACAACAGCAUUGGCACGCCGUCGUCUAUCUUCUCAUUGACCUAUGUCAGCACCCAUGGUCUCCUACCAUGGAAAGAGCAUGGAUAGCAUUACAAAGUCCGUGGCUAGUUCCUACCCAAACAUCAGUCUAUAAGAAUCCAAGCACGUGGGUGCCUCUCAAGCGAUUGAUAGCAACUGCCCGUACACGUCGUGAGCAAUCAAUACAGAAACUCCAAGCGUGUCCAAUGUGGGCCGUCAAAAUUCGUCACCAUGACAGUGAGCAUAUGCCUGUUCCUUUGAGCUCGACCACUUUUCCGGCGUAUUUUAAUGAUGCAAGCUUUCGGGAGCGGUGGCACCAGAUGAUCUUUUCGGCGACAUCUGGGUCUGCAGACACAAUUGCAGUUGAUAGCUCCUCCUGUGGUCAUAAAUCGACCAAUAUUGAGAGGCCCCGUUCUCCGGUACAUGGUAUGUCAGGAGCGAUGGUCGAUCACCAACUCGAAGCAGCGACUUCUGUCAGCCUUGACAGCUUUCUUGGGUCAAGUGCCAACACCAUUUUCGAUAACCACAUUUUCGAAGAAGAUGACGUGUUGAAAUAUGAUUGGAAUACGUGGUUCGAUACUGUGGAAGACUCAAGACGGUAACCCUGGUAUACUCAGACCUAUCCCUGACUGUACAUUGAGGAGUGCAUGGGUCUUGUUGCGAGCUCGGACUUGGACGCGGGCUCGGGCGCAGGCUCGGGCUCGGGCUCGGGAUCGGGCUCGGGAUCACAAGACUUGGCAUAUUUCCGUUAACGUCGGCCCAUAUCUCUGUAUUGUCAUCUUACCAAUCUCCUCCCUAGUGAUAUGCCUAGAGCAUAAGGGAUAUGUUA